GGCGGACCGUUGGGUCGUUGUUUCACCGUGUGUCUCUGUCCUGUAACGGACCUCUUGUGUUCUUUUCUGUGAUAAAGUCAUGUCCCAUUAACGGAUUCGUCUCGCUGGUUCUGGAGUUAAAUUAAACCCUGGUGCUCCCAGCGCUUUGGAGAAAAAUGGAAGCUGUGAGCAAGUGGAACCCGCAACAAGUGGUGGAGUGGAUGAGAGGUCUGGAUGACAGCCUGCAGCAGUACAUCCCAUCCUUCCAACAGCUGCAGGUGGAUGGGGAGAAGCUGCUCAGGAUGUCCCACCAGGAGCUGCUGUCUCUGGGCGUGGCGAGGGUUGGACACCAGGAGCUGAUCCUGGAGGCCGUGGAUCUGCUCUGCGCUCUGAACUAUGGCGUGGAGUCGGACAACCUGAAGACUUUGGUGGGGAAGAUGAGAACAGCGCACCACAACCUGAGCAGCGCCGUGACACAGCGCAGGAAGAACCCCGCCUACCACAGCAAAAAUUCCAAUCAGCCCACCAAUGAAUUCCUCACCGCCGUGGUCGAACUGAUCGGCACCGCCAAGACUCUGCUGGCCUGGCUGGACAGGACUCCUCUGUCGAGUGCCAAUGACUUCACCUCAACCAAAGGCAAGAUCAUCCAGCUGUGUUUGGAGCUCACCUCCACCGUCCAGAAGUCCCGAGCGCUCAACAGCAUCUGUGAGAAGACUGUCCAAGCGACUUCUGACCCCGCAAAAAGGGAAAUGUCCUGUUUGGAGGAGGUUCACAUCACCAAUGUCAAGCCUGGGGAGGGAUUGGGGAUUUACAUCAAAUCCACCUACGACGGGCUUCACGUCAUCACGGGAACAACAGAGAACUCUCCGGCAGAUAAAACCCAGAGGAUUCACGCUGGAGAUGAAGUCAUUCAAGUCAACAAACAGACAGUGGUGGGCUGGCAGCUAAAGCACCUGGUGGGGAAGUUGAGGGCGGAGUCUGGAGGGGUUGUCUUGAUGCUGAAGAAGAGGCCCUCUGGACCUUCUGCCAGCUUCACGCCGGCUCCACUGAAAAACCUGCGCUGGAGGCCGCCGCUUGUGCAGACCUCUCAGGGAGCGCCAAGUCUUUAUAAAUCACGAGAGUCAGAAACCUCAGACGCUCCUGGAAAGAGAGGGAAGACGACCAUCUUGGAUUUGUAUAUCCCUCCUCCCCCAGAAGCACCAUAUGUCCCGCUAGAUGGGAACACAAACGUGUUUGCAGGUGUGAAAAUGCGUCCCAAGUCUCCAAACUCGCAUCUGGAUGCAGACGUGCGACAGCGACGCUACACUGUAGCAGAGGAAAACCGGACGUCCGCCGUCCCUCCACCUGAAUCCAGCCAUCCUAUCCCAGUUCGCCUCAGGCAGCGCUCCUCCUCACGCUGUAAGGACGUCCUGCACAUGUAUCGGAGUAAUGAGGGCAUUAGCACUAUCACGGAGGAGGAGCCGUGUUUCCCUCUGCCGUACCGAGGUCACCCAUCUGUACGUGGCGUCGACCAUAUCAGGGGCAGCCAGUGCUACAUUAACGCCAACCUGCACAACACAGCCACCAUACCUUACCAGGAAGUGGGGUCCAAAAAGGCUUCUGCCUCCACUUCUGCCGCUGUCUCUCCCACUAAGGAGUCUGCAGCCAUGAGUCGGCGUCGGGUUUCGGUCAAAGACCUGGGAGCGGUGGACUGUCAGGGCUGGCUGCACCGGAAGAAGGAGAGCCGUAGCUUCCUGGGAAGCAGAUGGAAGAGAUACUGGUUUGUCCUGCAGAGGAGCUCUCUGUACUGGUACAGUGACGAGAUGGCUGAGAAAGCUGAUGGAUUCAUCAACCUGUCAGGCUUUACCAUCGAACAGGCCAAAACCUCCAGGAAGAAAUAUGUCAUAACAGCCAGUCAUCCUAAUGUAGUGACGAUUACUAUUGGUGCUGAGAGCUACAUAGAAAUGAAUAAGUGGAUCAGUAAACUGACAGAAGCAGCUGAACUAGAUGAGGCAAUCAACAGUGAAGAGCGCUACAGUGAGGGGAGUGAUCAGGAUGAAGAAGACUUGUCGUUUUCUUCUCUUGACUCUCAGCUGGAUUCAGUGGCCACCCAAAAUGGAAACCGUCUUCAGCCACCCUGGGAGUCUUUAUCCUGCACCUCACUCCCCACCGUCUCAUCAAUAAUCACUGAAAGUAGAAGUAGAACCAGCUCGGCUGGAAGCUCUUUGAGCAAAAACCGAAGACAAAGACCAGUUUCUGAGGGCAGCGGUUGUCUGUCCUGGCUGGACCUCCCCAAGCAGGAUGAAACCAGUGGAACACAGACUCCUCCUCUAAUUCAUGUUAGAGAGGAAAAAGAAGAGGGCACAGUCCAGGAAAAAACGCCAGAUGAGAUGGAGAGCCUCUACAACCAUCUGAAAGCAGCCAGCGUCAAUCCAACUGGACAGAAUUUUCAGAGGGACUUCAGGGCCUCAUUUAUCCGGCGAUGUAAGAAUGAAAAAGUCAAUGAAAAGGUUCACCUGGUCCGGAUACUCAAAAGCACAUUAAAGGCUAAAGAGUCCGAGCUGCUGGCUUUGGAGAAGAUCCUGAAUGAACCAAAUCCCACAGCGCUUAUGUACAGGGAGUGGAGACUCACCAACACCAUCCUGCUGCAAGAUAUCCUUCAGCACAACCAGGAAGCAGAGGGUGCCACAAGCCCAGACGGGAUAGUGUCUGAGAUUUUAGAGCUGCCCAACACUGCUGUACAGUAA